UGCUCCUCUGACACCGUUCCAGCCACUCGAGGAAUGGAUAAUGGCUGAUAAGAGACGGUUAAACGGUCCUCCUGCGGGCACACGACCACCAGUGUUUGCAUCAUCAUUGCUUUCCUCCGACGGCCAACAUUGCGUCGCUCUUGAGCGCCCCGUACGCACUAGAAAGCAGCAUGAGCUGAGAAGAAUAUUUUUGAAGACGGGUCUUAUCCCAUCCGCUUCUGGCUCCGCGUAUCUCGAAUUCCAGCCCUCCUCCUUCAUCCCCCGGUCGAAACUAAAAACUCUCAUUCCUCCUUCCUCAUCUCUAAAACUCAUAUGUUCCAUCCAUGGCCCAAAACCUCUUCCCCGCUCAGCGCCAUUCUCACCUAACCUGCUCCUUUCCACACAUGUGAAAUUCGCGCCAUUCGCAUCCAGACGGAGGAGGGGACAUAUCCGGGAUGUCAAUGAAAGAGAUCUUGGCGUGCACCUCGAAACUGCUUUGAGAGGGGCUAUAAUAGCGGAAAGAUGGCCUAAAAGCGGGCUUGACAUCACCGUGACUGUGCUAGAGGGGGAAGACGAUUGUUGGUGGGGCGAUGUUCUGUCUGCCGGUCCACUGGGCGGUGUAGAUGGUUGGGGCUUGAUGAACGUUCUUGCGGGUUGCAUCACCGUCGCCUCAGCAGCCAUUGCUGACGCUCGGAUAGAUUGCAUGGAUCUUAUCACUGGGGGUGUUGCUGCUUUUGUGGAGAGUCCGAAUGUUGAAACUUCAGGGCGAACAAAAGACUCGUCCCAGAGGGGACAUGGCUACUCAUUAGUAUUGGAUCCAGAUCCAUCCGAACACCUCGGGAUUGUAUCCGCCUGUGUCGUAGGCUAUAUGCCAUCCCGUGACGAGAUUACCGAACUGUGGCUCAAGGGCGACACCUCUAACAUAUCAGCUGGGUCGCAGAAUGCAGCUGCCCGACAUGAAGCUCUGAUAGAUGGAGCUGUUGACGCAGCGCGAGGAGCACAGGCGGUUCUUGCGGAAGCUGUUAGAGAGUCAGCAGAGCGUUUUGCUAUACAUGCAGGCAAGAAGUUGGCAUUGUCUGGUUCAGGUACAGAAGAUAUUGAAAUGAAACAAUAGAAAGGAGUUGUAAUGAUGUGACGACCAGUUGAAACAUGUCCAAUGGGAUGGACCGGCUUUUUCUUCAUGCAUUUGCUACAAUAUACAUUUGCAAUUGGUUAUAUCUAUUUCUCUUAUUUUAAAUUUCUACAUGUGAUCAUUUGUCCAUCUUAAUAUCAGAGUAACAAAUUCGGAUAUAUACAGAUAUUCAGGUGAACUGCAGCUCAUGUUGAAAAGAACAUUUCCUUAAAGUAUUACCCUGCUCUCCUUGUUAUUCUAAGAUCAAUUGAUACUUUGCAAUAACUAUCUGGCAAUAUUUCUGUUCUU